UUCUAAUUCAAUAAAUAACCUCAGCCUGAAAACCUCGUAGCAGAAGCUGAAGAAUCUGUGUUUGUGCUUUUUCCUGAAAUUAAGCUUUCAACUUCCAAGUAUAUCACAAGUGUAAAAGGAGCAAUGCAAACAAGCUAUCCUGGACCUUUUUCUGUUCAUAAGUUCCUCAAUAGUGACCCAAUAGCGCUUUAUUCAGCAUAUGAGAACUCACCAAGUCCUUAUUUUAUGCUACAGCACCAACAAGAAGAAGCCCUUGCACCAAUAUCACAACCAGCAAUGUCACAGCCCCAUCCUUAUAGGUUCAAUACCAGUUUAAACCAGUCAUGGUUACCGAAUUCAAAGACCGGAAACCAUGAUGGAAACCGAAGAUAUAAUCAAAAAGUUGCAGUUUGUGACCCAUCUCUUUGUGGUGAAAAAGAUGAUUUCAUGGCAUUCACUCAUGUACCAGCAUCAAGUCCUUGUGGCAGUCCUCAAGGUUCAAUGUAUGCAAAGCAGAGUUUAACAUUAAAAGAGAAGCUGCAAUUGCAAUAUUUGACUAAAGAGCUUGAGAUUGAUGUGAGUGAAAGUUCACCUCUUGGCCUUGAUCAGGAAAUACAUGAAGAAACUCCACAAGUUUCUUCAGAUCAAGGGAUACAUCAAUUGGGAUUUAAAAGAAACCAUGUUACCUCAAUUGUUAACAUGGAUGGUUAUAUACAUUCAAUGAAUCAACAACAUACUGAUGCUAUGGCUGCACACAAACAAAGAAUAAGGUGGAUACCUGAGCUUCAUGAACUUUUCUUAAAUGCAGUGGAUCAACUUGGUGGCCCUGACUGUGCUACACCAAAGAAUAUUUUGAAACUUAUGAAUGUUGAGGGUUUGAGUAUCUAUCAUGUCAAGAGCCAUUUGCAGAAGUAUAGACUUGCCAAGGGUGUUUCGGAGCUGAAAAAUGAUAAAGGAAGUUCAAGAUUUGAAGAAAAGAGAGCAACUUUAAUUGAAAGUGAUGAUCAUCAAAGUGAUGGCAACAUAGAAAGGGAAGUCGAUGUAGUAGAGACCUUGCAAAUGCAAAUUGAAGUUCAAAAGCUGUUGCAUGAACAGCUGAAGGUGCAAAAGGAGCUUCAGCUGCAAAUACAGCAACAAGGACAGCUCUUGAAAAAGCUUAUGGAUGAACGUCGUCGCAAAUCUGGAUCAGCCGAUAAGAAAAUGUUUCCAAGUGAAAACCCAUUUUUAUUUUCAGCUGAAACUGCCAGCUUCUUCCAGAAAUCUGGAUCAGCUAAGUCCAUUACAGAUUGUUCUUCUUCAACUCAUUCACCCAAACAUAAAGCCUCUGAAACUACUGAAUCUGAACAAUGUCAAAAGCGGCAUAGAGGAGAAAGCAGCUAA